AUGAAGACACCACUUCCAAGGCUGCCCGUUUCCCUAUCAACCACCACGGCCACUAUACCCCCAACGCUGGCGGCGUUCACAGAUAAAACCGUCUCUCUCCGUGAUGGCCGUCUGCUAGGAUACACUGAAUACGGCAACCCGACCGGCUACCCGCUCCUAUACUUCCACGGAUGGCCGUCGUCACGACUAGAGGGCUUUGCGACGGACACGAUCGCUAAGCGCCAUGGACUACGCAUCAUCGCUCCCGACCGUCCCGGAUUCGGCAUAUCUACCUUCCAGCCCCAGCGCCGCAUAACAGACUGGCCCAACGACAUUCAAGAUCUAACUCGCCAUCUCAAAAUAUCCCGUUUCGCUAUCCUGGGCGGCUCCGGUGGUGGGCCGUAUGCAGUCGCCUGUGCCCAUUCCCUACCACACGAGUCUCUUUCCGCCGUCGGUGUCCUUGCCGGCGCAGGGCCAUGGGUAGCUGGCACCCAAGACGUACCCUUGGCAUCGAGAAUGAUGGGCGUGGCAGCGAAUAACUUCCCUUGGGUACUGACAGGCAUAUCAAACAUGCUAGUCGGUUCUCUCCGAUGGGUUUCGACAACAGGCUAUGUGACGAGGUGGUUGGAUAACUGGAUCGAGAGCAUGAGGAAGGAAGAUGACAAGACGCCUACGCAAGGGAGCAGAGAGAACAUAUUAAAGAUGGCCUUUGAAGGGUUUGCGCAGGGUGCAGGUGGAUUCGUGCAUGAGGCGCAAUUGCUGUCGAAGGAUUGGGGGUUUCGGUUUGAAGAUGUCAAGUACGACAAGAUUCGGAUAUGGCAUGGGACGAAGGAUGCGAAUUCUCCGAUACGGCUGACGCGAUAUAUGGCGGAGAAGCUGCCGCAUUGUGAACUGCACGAGUGGGACGAUACGCAUUAUACCAUCGGCGAGCGUCUGGAAGAAGUUAUAGAGGAGCUCAUGUCCAAAGAAUGUGAGAACAGCGGCAAGGCGUCAUAG